AUUUGUGAAGGACACGAGCACUGUUUGGAUCGAGCAGACGAGUGCGGAACGGAUUGUCAAUACUCGUUUGUCUGUGGAAACGGCAAGUGUCUCUUUAGCACAAAGGCGUGUGAUGGUCAUGACGAUUGUGGAGACAUGAGCGACGAAUGCGGGGGAAACGGGACGUGUACUGAAACCUUCACUUGCGAUGAUGGUUCAUGCAUUGCAUUGAGUCGAUUCUGCGACGGCACACAAGAUUGCGCAAAUGGUGAAGACGAAAUUGAGAGCGACAGUACAUUAGGUAACAUGGCAGUAUCGUGUUCCAACCGUUACCAAAGCAUCAACAAUAAGCUGUAUAACACUCACACUAACCGAGUGUGCUCCCUUCCACUGAGGCAUGUAUGCGACGGUGUGGAUCAUUGUGAGAAUCGAACGGACGAGUGCCAGGAAGGAUGCGUGCACUCUCUUUUUUGCGACGGUGGGGACACUUGCCAUCAUCGUUCAAGUCUAUGCAACGGGGAAAGCGAAUGCAGCGAUGGAAAAGACGAGCCGCUCAAAAAUGGAGAACAUAUUUCCAUAAAAAGAGGUUUCAAAUGUACAGUGGAAAGACACGGAUCUCAAAAUCUCUGCGUUGUACCUCAGGAAUUUUUAGAGGACGACGUGAAAGACUGUGUGGAUGAAAGCGAUUGGUGCUUGGUAUCUGUGAAUGGCUCCACAACGAAUAACAAUUGUGCUCAAUGCAUAACGGAACCGGGCUUCUUCAUAUCAAAAAAGCAAAUAUGUGAUGGAAAUUUUGAUUGCCCAGAUCUUUCCGAUGAGUGCCUGUGUCAAAACCAAAACACGUCAAACAUCUGCGCUAAUUUGUGUUUCGGGCCAUCCACCGUUCGUGGUCAUUGUCCCUGCCCACCGUAUUCUGUACCAUGCCUUCUUAGCAAUGAUACCAAUAAAGAAUACGAAGAGCAGGAGAUUAAUUGCAUUGACUCGCUCAAGUUCUGCGACGGUGUUCUCGACUGCCCGAAUGGUGCGGACGAGCUGUACUGUGGUCCCGGCUCUGAGCGCAGUGAACGGUAUUACUCGCACCAGUGCACAAGGAGUCAACCUAAAAACAUAUGGGCACCAAUAGAAGCGACAGCAUGCGACGGAAAACCAGAGUGCAUUGAUAUGGAGGACGAGUGUUUGGAUAGCUGUGGAGAAAAGCCCUACUUUUGCUCCAAAAUGGGGCCCACCGGACUAUUUACAUGCAGCGAGCAAUAUACCCUGCCAGGUCGUCUGAUCUGCGACGGUCACAAGAAUUGCAGCAAGUCUGGAGAAGACGAAAUCGGCUGCACCAAUCGUUUUAUCUGCAAAAACGAAACAGCGAAAGUAUACAGUGUAAGAAAGAGUCAAGUGUGCGAUUUCGUUGCAGACUGUGAGGACCAAAGCGACGAAGCUGAUUGCCACGCCAGCCAUUUCUAUUGCGAAGGCGGAAAACCUUUCUUUGUGGAUAAACGUUACAUGUUUGAUGGGAAACGUGACUGUGAAGAUGGUAGCGACGAAUGUCCCAAAGAUUCGUUCAAGGGGUCUGUGUUUUCGUCUGCUGAGAAUAUGAUCGAAAGCCGAUUUCUUCAAGUCAUGGUGUGGGUUAUGGGAAUAUUAGCUAUUGGGGGCAAUGCGGCGGUUAUAGUGCACACAAUCAGUCUUUUAUGUUAUCACGCUCGCCGUAAGCUCACCAAAGUCGCUGUCGUGUACAGCUGUUUGGUACUUAACCUGUCAAUAGCUGACCUCCUGAUGGGUGUUUUUCUUAUUGCUCUUGGCAUCAGAAGUGCGUCCACAUCUGGUAACUACUGUCUUAUAGACCACAGUUGGCGGUCAGGAACACCUUGUUCAGUGCUGGGGACUUUGGCAGUGCUGUCAAGUGAAGUGUCUCUUCUUACUCUAGCCAUCUUGUCAUCAUACCGCAUGUUCUGUGUCAUAUGGCCAAUACAAAGCCGCACCCUACAGGUACACUUUUCUAUUGGACUGGCUGUUAGCACGUGGAUCUUCGCUGGCACGAUAGCGUUCAUACCGCUAAGCAAAAUGUUCCAGGAGUAUUUUGUAACACAAACGAUGCUCUCGACGAACCCCUACUUUUUUACUGAACUGGUUGACAAACCAGCGUUCACCACAUUUUCAAAGAUUCUUCUCUCAUAUAAAAACGAUACAUCUCCAGCAGUCCAACAAGGUAACUUAUUCACCUGGGAGAGAAUGAGCAAACAACUGAAAGAUUUCAAUCCCGAAUACAAAGCCAUUAGCUAUUUAGGCUACUACAGUACACACGCAACGUGCUUGCCGAAACUGUUCGUGGACAAACGGGAUUUGGGUUGGCAGUUCUCACUUACGGUCACGAUAACGAAUUUCAUAUUAUGUCUGUAUAUAGUGGGAGCGUAUGCUGUGAUAUUCCGACCCAGACAAGUGAACAAGUCAUCAGUUACAAGCCAAGGUACGCGAAACAUGCAGAAACGAAUAGCUAUUCUUGUUGCAACAGAUUGCGCUUGCUGGCUUCCAAUCUGUCUCAUCGCAUUCCUAAUCUUCUCCGGUGUAGAAAUUUCCAACACGGUAUACUCAAUCACAGCAAUUAUAAUUUUACCUAUAAACAGUGCUUUGAAUCCCCUGUUUUAUUCAAAUGCUGUUCAAAUACUCUUCACCAGGAUACUGAACUAUCUUUCAAAGUUUGAAACCUUUAACGCCGUACGCAAAUCAAUUGCCGGAAUCACAAUAUUUAAAUGCUGGAAGACUGCAACAGAGAAACGAGAGGGACAGGACGGGAAGAAUCUGCUUCGUGGCCACGAAGAUACAGACGGUGGACACAUCGUUAAGAUGAAAUCACACGUGACUGAGCAUACGGUGUUAGACACUGUUAUGACAGAGUCUGUUGUUUAAAGUCUUAAAAGAAACACUAUGACUGCCGAGAAUAACUUAUUUGAUCAUCGACUUAUUGUCGGUUGAUUGUGAAUUACUUCUUUAACUGCUGUUGGAUACUGUUGUGUGACACAAUCUGGUGGUUAAAUAUUACUUAUUUGACUGUUUAAAUCUUUUUCUUAUUGUUUCCAAUAACACUGUUGGUAUAAUCAGCGUUGCCAAGGUUGAAAUUCAAUUUAUCUGAUAGAUGCAUGUAUAUAAGUUACUUUAAAGACAUUCUAGUUUUCUUUAACCGGCUUGGCAGUCAAGUUUUAACCAAGCUUGCUGUAUAUAUUUUGAACAUAUACGUUUAACACUAUAUGGCUUUAGAGCCCGGAUGUGUUACUUUUUAUUUGCAACUGUGUUUUCGUGAUAUAUAUAUAUUCCAGCCCAUACAUAUUUAAAAUAUAAAUUUACCUACUUUAGAGUUCUUUUUAAAUAUUUUUUCACAACAUCUUUGUUGACACUUAAAAGGAUGAAUACUAUAGUGUUUCUGGUAUAUACGUAAAUAAUUUAUUUUAGAGUUCACAGUUUGUGCAUUGCUGAUUGGUUUUAAUUAUUUUAUACACAUACGCAUUCUAAUUAACCUUGCUUCACAUUCAUAGGCUAUUACAUUGUUCGCGAGAGUUAAAAUGGAUGUUAACAUUUAUUCACAACUGAUAUUUUGCUUCAUUCGUUAUUAUGUGCGAUCGUUCAUCAACGAUGUAAAUACACUCACUUCGUGGAUAUGUGAUCAAGCCAAUGCACAACAGUAUAUUUUCAUUAGGAGACAAAAGUAAUAUAUAAGUUCAUUUGUUGGAACAUAUAGUCGAAAAUAUAGGUAUUAUGUUUAUUUUCGAAGUCUGGUUGGAACAUAUAAUACAAUAUUGGUGAUUUGUGCACACUUACAAGUAAAACAACAGGGGUCGGAAGCUAAAGAAAAAAUAAUUUGUUUAUAGUCCAAAGUACGGCCUACUAGAGAUAUCUCUAGUAGGUCGUGUCCAAAGUUAGAUCAUAGUACUCUAUGUUUGAAAUGUAAAAUGGGAAUAUACAAUCAGGGAUUUACCCUUUUAAAGGAUUUCACCUAGCGUGAGGAAAGAACAUAGAUAUCGUUGGUAACAUAUAUUUAAAACAAUGGCGAAAGAAAAGCAACAACGUAGACUGGAUAUGUUUUAGAAACAUGUUUACAUUAUCUAAUUGCUUUAUAUGCUUUACGUUACCUCUUUAAAUUAAAAUGCUAAGGCGGUGUUGGUCUUCACAUUCAAAUUUUCAGUUACAACUUUGUACGUACUGGUCCCAAAUGUCCGUAAAACACUAUUCUGUAUCUAAUUACCAGGCACCUGAAUGGGCCAAAGACAUUCUAAAGAAACCGGAAAAACGAGUUAAGCUUGCAGUGUUACCUACACCAAUCCACAAGUGGAGACUUGAUGGUUUACCUCAAGAUGUUGAACUGUUCAUUAAAAGAGACGAUAUGACUGGCAGUACAUUAAGCGGCAACAAGGUACGCAAACUUGAGUUUAUUUUGGGUGAUGCUUUGUCUCGAGGAUGUAAGGCAGUUAUAACAUGUGGCAGUAUCCAGUCUAAUCACUGCAGAGCAACAGCUGUGGCAGCAAGAGAACUAGGUCUGGAUAGCUACCUAUUACUUCGAAACAAAUCUCCUAUUCUGCCUUGUUUUGACAAUCUUGGGAACUUGCCUUCUAUGCUAUGUGGGAGCCAGAUUUACUUUAUACCAAAGAAUUCAAAAUAUGAAACCACAAUCAAGCCAAAACAAGAACAACUUGCAA